GUUCCUGUCAUAGCCUUACGUGACUCUAUUGAAAUGCAUGGGCUCCUAAACCUUAUCACAAAUUUUAUGGCAUUUAAGAGUUUCGGAGAGUUGGUCCAAAAGCCUUGCCUCGUAGAUCUGACGGUGGAGGAAGGAUCCCGACUCAAAGUGGUAUAUGGCUCUAACCAAGGAUUCCAUGCUGUUGAUGUUGACUCUGGACAAGUUUAUGAUAUAUAUAUCCCAAAACAUAUCCAAGGCAGUAUCACACCACACACGAUAGUAACAUUACCAAAUAGUAAUGGUCUACAACUACUUAUCUGCUAUGACAAUGAAGGAGUUUAUGUAAACACAUAUGGAAAGGUAUUUGUCUCAAUCCUCAUGCAUUUUAUUGUUCUCCCAGAAGUAGAUGGGGUUUCAGCCAUUGCUUAUGGAUAG